AUUGCUCGUCACAUCCAAUCAAGUAACAAUCGUCUGGCCGGUGAAGACAAUAGCUUUACCCCAGAAUGGAUCUACACUCUCUAUGAAGAAUUACCAGAUAAAAUCAAUAGCGAUACGCCAGCUUGGGCUAUUGAACUUUUGGGAAGUUGUCGCUCAAAACUCCUUGAAGGGCUUGCCCGUAAUCAACUCAAUUCGUCCGUCUCUCAAUUCUAUCUUUGCACAUGGGGUUAUGCCAAUAUGUUGAAUUGGCAAUGGGACGCCAAGAAGGACAGUGACGCUGUGGAGAUCAGCAAUUGGUCACCGGAAUCGGUUCUAGCUGUACAAACAUCGGUGGAAAGAUAUUGGUUUAUGAGUCUACACCUGUCACCGGAGAGUGAACCUGAAUAUAGUGAUUUUCAGUUUCCCGAGAUGAAUUAUGCGGAUAUUGAACUGCUUGCAGAGUUACUGAUGUCGAAGCAAGCAUUGUAUCAAAGCUUCAACUUCUUGUUGUCUCAGAUUGUGGCGUGCCUCGACAAGGAAAUCGUCACUUUUCGUGUCAAAGCACUGCGCGCGCUGAGUCGUCUUGCUGCCGAGUCUCCAAGACUGCUAAAUGAGACUCGUCUUCAAACUGCAGUGAUCCAUCGCAUCCGUGACAGUUCUCCGUCCGUCCGUGAUGCCGCUAUUGAAGUAAUUGCCAAGUAUCUGGGAGGACAAGAUAAUAUUUCUUUGAAAUUGUACAAAAUUGUCAGUGCGCGUAUCAUGGAUACGGCUGUCAAUGUUCGCAAACGUAUGGUCAAGCUUCUUCGGGAUUUGUAUUUCACAUGCGAUGAUGGCUUUAUCAAGAUUGAUAUUGCCGCCAAAAUAAUCCUGCGCAUUGGCGAUAAUGAAGUAACCAUCAGUGAUCUCGCGAUCAAAAUGGCCCAAGAAAUUCUGUUCCACCCAUUUCGCGAUAUUGAUAUGGAGGAAGCCAACUCGUUUGGCUAUGCUUACGGCGAUUCUAAUAAGCAACGAAAAACACGGAUUGCUCGACUCACCGAUAUCAUUGUCAAUGCUAUGGCGAAUAUGGAAAUGAUCACUGCCACGAAACGCGAUACAGCACUUGUUCAAAUUGUGCAAAAGACCAUGAAAACUACGGAUGAAAAGCAGCGGAUAUGGUAUGAAAAGGUGUUCCAAUGGAUCGUCGACGCGCUAUUCGACAGGCUGUUGCCGUUAGAUGAAGUUGGGGAAAGAAAAAGAUUCCUCCAUUGCCUGGAAACAGCCUAUGCUUUUAUCAAAUCGUCACGCUAUGUCUUGACCAUUUAUCGUGAAGUAUUGCCACGGAUGCGAUUUCUUGAUCCCGACUUUGUUAAGCAUAUUGAACGUACUUUGCUGCAAAUGUUGACCAAUGGUCCGCUUGAAAUGAUGGAUAGUGUAGUCGGUUGUAUUUGCUCGUUUGUCAACAUCUCUGGUCGCUACAUAUUACUUGUCAAAGUACUUGGUUCUUGUAUAGAGAAAUUGACAAAGGAACAAGCGUGCGUCGAGCAAUCGGGUACUUGCCUCAGCAAUGAGAAGCAAAUCAUGAAGAUGAUGCUUAUCUGUGGGUUACUCUGUCGGUACUUUGAUUUCGAUGGCAAACGAAAAACCGAAGCUUCGCAAAUGGAUCUAUUGGGGGACACCGACAAGCAGGAUAUCACCACGACCAUAUUUGAAUUACUCUUAUUUUUUGCUCAUUUAUCAGAGAAUAACAUGGCACAAGCUUUACAAAUCAGAGUAGUGGCUCUUCAAAGUCUGGGUCACGUAUAUGCAAGAAAUCCCACAUUAAUGAUUGAUAAACGAAGCACCGACUUAUUGGACUCGACCAUCGUCGACAGCUCCAUGAUUAUGAGAAUCCAGCUCAUGAAAGUUUUCCAUGACUUUCUUGGCACGGAAGAACAGCGUAUCGAAAAGCAAGAAGAAGGUAAAAGAGAGAAAAUAGAAAGCCCACAAAGAGAUGUCGAGACAUUGCUGGGUAAUACUUCGGAAUUCGCAGAAUUAGGUGUGAAUGGUUCUAUCAUGCAACGGUACCUCGGUAAAAUUUUGGAAUGUUCCAUUGAUACUCAUACGGAAUUACGUGAUGCGGCCUUUGAAGUCAUUACUGUGGUCAUGCAGCAAGGACUGGCACAUCCAGCUUUUUGCAUGCCGGCUAUCGUAGCUGCAGAAACGAGCCCAGAUCUGAUGCUACGGAAUAACGCGUACUACUUGCAUAAGAUGGCCCAUACGAAAUACGGAUCUAUCCUAUAUAUUCGUCUUGCCGAUUUUGUGACAACAGCAUACCGAUAUCAAUGCAUGAUAUCUUCUGAAGCUGUGAAGGGUUAUGGAAGAAUGGGCGGUGAUGCUAUGCUUGAAUCGUUGUUUACCCUUGCCUAUGGUAUCAUGGCUCAGAAGAGAACUGUAAAAUUGGAUUUUCUCCUGGUACUGAUAAAGCCGUUUGACUGUGAUUUGAAGGAUCCCGAAACAGCUAAGUUGGAAGUGGCUUUCCUUCAGUUCCUAGCGGACAAUUUGCUCACUUUACAAUUCACGCACUCGGAAGAACCUCUCCACAUCAUUCACUAUAUCAAUCGGAUAAUGACGACACUAGGCAGUGAUUUAUUGUCUCAAGUACAAAACCUGCGAGAAGAAGGCGUUCUUGAUGAUGAUUUUUAUGGCAUCUCCGGAACAGGAACAAUGGACCUAGACUACUUGAUCACGGCUAUUUCCUGUACGGGCCUAUGUAUCUUAUACCACGUCAGACGGAUGCUAAAAACGAUCUAUCAUCUAUCGGACAAGUGA